GUGCACGUGUGAAAGUGCAUAUAACUUAUAUCUUGAAUCACAUCUGGAAAACAUCUGCGAUUUCUUAAAUCUGAAAUUCUUCAAAACGCUAUUUAAACUUCAUAUUUUAUCAUCUUAUUUUACUCCAUAUCAACCAGCUUGCAAGAUACAACAAUUCUCCCAUCAUGCGCACGAAGAUCUGCACAUUGCUUUUGCUGCUCCUGGGCGUGGCACUCCCUGCUUUGUCAAGCAGAUGUCCAGACUCUGAUCGUUUACCAACUUCCUGCUUGUGUGAUGAUGAAUACAUGGACGAAGAAGUGGACCUCGAGCUCUCAUGCAGUGGUUCUACUCUAGAUGAAUUGAACGAUGCUCUACGCCUGUUUGAUACUAAUAGCAAGCUUGAAGUCCAACUGGAUGAAAUGAACCUAGGUACCUUGCCAUCCAGACUUUUCGAUGGUUGGAAUGUGGUGAAACUGGACAUUUCCCACUGCGAAUUGAAUAGUCUUGCACCGCAAGGGCAGGUGGCUUUGGCUGGUUUGGAAGAUACUUUGGAAAGUUUAGUUAUAACCGCGAGCUUUAAUGAAGAGAACCAGCGCACAAAACUCGAUUUGAGUCAUCUUCGACGAUUGACAAGUCUGGACUUGUCUUACAAUGCUAUCACCGAAUUGAGUGAUGACUGGUUCGCAAGGGGUCCAGCCUCACUGACCGAUCUUGUCUUGUCCAAUAACGGAAUAGAGAAAAUAGGUGAUCGAGCCUUUGCUAAUCUUGUCAACCUGGAUAAAUUAGAGUUGCAUGGUAACAGGUUCGGACCAGUCAAAAGAAGCAUGCUGCCAAGACCCGCCAACAGAUUAGAAAAUCUGGAACUAGACAACAAUGCCCUCAGUAGUUUUCCUGAUGAUUUCUUUGAUGAUUUGCCUGCAUUGAAGAUUCUAGCUAUGACUAACAACGGAUUUGCACGCUUACCUGAAAGGGUCUUCAAAAAAAUCUUGUCUCAGCUUGAGCUUUUAGAUGUUAGAGGUAACCCUAUCGAGUGUGAUUCUACAAUGAAAUGGCUGUUCCAUGUAAAGAAUGAUCUUACAAUUUUUGGCACUUGUCAUGGACCUGAAGACAAACAGGGCGUGGAUUUAGAUGACUUCAUUGAAAGGAAAGGACAGUGAUUGUUAUUCCUCUACUGACAUCCUUCGUUCUUAAUCUGCAAUAAAAUUGUGUUACUGAUA